CCGGAGAGGUCCGUUCUACGCCAGGCCUUGAAAUCUCACAUCCCCCCACGGGGCGGAGCAAACCUGGAAGUGGCCGCGCUGUUUUGCAUAGCAAUGACCAGCUUUGCAUAACGAGCGUAGGCAAGCAUUUAAAGGCGCUGCCGCGGCCACAAACCUGGUAAUCCGGCGCAGACCCACUGCUCGAAAUGAUCUCAAAGAUGCAGGCUCCGCUCCUGAUGGCCUUGGGCCUGCUCCUCGCCGGCCCUGCGGCCCGUGCACGCGUCCAUCUGAAUCAGCUGGGUAGCUUUGACUGGGAGAACUGCGAUGACAAGAAGGACCCUGUGGUGCUCAAAAGCCUGACUCUGGAACCUGACCCCAUUGCCUUUCCUGGGAACAUGACGGUCAGCGCCGAGGUCCAGAUCGAUGUCCCCCUCAGUAGUCCUCAGAAGCUGGAAUUAACUAUGGAGAAGGAAGUGGCCAGCUUCUGGGUCAAAGUCCCAUGUGUGGAACAAAUUGGUAGCUGCACCUAUGAAGACUUCUGCCAAAUACUUGGUGCUUUAAUCCCCCCUGGACAGCCCUGCCCGGAGCCCCUGCACACCUAUGGGCUUCCCUGCCACUGUCCCAUCAAAGUAGGCAUCUAUUCACUGCCCAAGACUGAGUUCACCCUGCCCAGCAUGGAGCUGCCCAGCUGGCUCAGCUCCGGGUCCUACCGCAUCAAGAGCAUCCUCAGCAGUGGUGGGAAACGCCUGGGCUGUAUCAAGAUCUCUGCCUCUCUGAAGGGCAAAUAAUGUAGCACCAGCCACAGCAGAAUGAAGGGGUAUGAGGAAGAUGUCCCUCUUCUUCUGUCUUGCAUUUGCCAAGGUCAAAUUCUGACUCUCUGUCCCCCUUCAAGCCCCUUUCUACAAUGAUGCCACUUCCCUCACUGAAAAUCCUUUUGUGCCACCUACGUUUUAGGCACGGGCAGGCAGCCCUAACCUAGGGAGGAGCUUGGCAGUUCUUGAUAGCCCACGACACCUGCCAGGCCGGCUGCUUCAUUUUCCUCAUCAAACCUAUGAUUUUCUAAGAGCUUAACUCAUUUUCUAAAUAAUCAAGGAAUGGGACGAAUAUAUUUUGUGAACCCAAGUUCAGACUGACCCAAUCUUGGUUUCCUGAAGUACCUUCAUGAUUUUCUUAAAAUUUUUUUUUUUUUUUUUUGGUCACUGACUUAAAAGCAGAAUGAGAGUAUUAAUAGUUUUUGUUUUACUCCAGGCCCCUCUUACGAUGAAGGGACUGAAGUAGUUCACCUUAGUCUAUUCCUCCAUUAACUUCUAUGAUUAAUUCAGUAUUCUUUUCUAGAUUUGCCCAAUGAACAGUGGGGCCUAGCGUAUCCUAGGGAGGUAGGGCAUGUGGUGGAGGGCUUCACUAGGAGAGGUAUUUAAGAAUGCUCUAUGUAUUUAAAAUAGUUUACAAACUCAGGUGCCUUCUGGGCCAAGCACAAGACCUAAACGAGUGAGGAUGACCACAAGGAACAUAUUGCUUCCAGGCAUGUCUUUUUUCCCCCCUUUGUAUAGCAGCUCAUAUCCACUGUUACAAGGCAGCUGAUGUCCAGGCUUGAGCUUGGUAAUAUUAGCAGGGAUGAUGGGGCCUGAACUGAGUUAGAGAGGGUGCAUUCAGCCCUUAGGGGCACCUGCUGUAGGGCUCUGGCAGUUGGUGCCACCUGAGGAUGUUGUGGGCCCAAUAUUACCAAAUAGUCUCCAUUGUUUUUCCUUGGAGAAGCCAGAAAUCCAGACUUUUAUAUGAAAUCUUAUAGUUUUUAAAUAUUGGCAACUAAUUAUUUUUUAAAACACUGUGCAGGCCAAAAGGGCCAAACAGACUUGUCAGUGAGGAAAUCUGGCCCAAUGUGGCCAGUUUGCAACCUCUGACGUAAGAACAUGCAUUCCUUGUCCUUUUGGUCUUGAGACAACUCCUCCAGUGCCGUUUCUCCCUCCCUAGGGCCAAAUCCAUAGUGUCUGACCCACGGAGCAGGCUCUUCCAGGGCUUGAGGAGGGGGAGGCAGCCUCUCAGAGAUGUGAGCUGCAGGGAUCACAAGGCUGCCUGCCCCAGCCUAAGAGUGUUGUUGGGGUGAAUGGGGCAAACACUGAAGAGUUGGAACCCACCAGCAGCUGCUCUGUGGAGCAAGGAUCCCACGAAGAGGGGUGGACUCACAUCAGGUGCCUGGGUUUGUCCAUCAUCCCAUCCUCCAUGACAGCCUACUGACCCAUGGAUCGUCCCCAGUUUCUGGGCUCAUUUGAAGCCUGAAAUGGCAAUAAAACUUUGACUUGCUGAGAA